CGCCCCCUCACCUGGGCUGGCCCCCCUCCAGCGCACAGGAAGUGGGGAAGGAGUGCGGGGCCCCUCCUCAACCCCAUCUAGGAAUGUCCUGUCCCCAGGCCUCAUGUCCGGCAGAGGGGACCUCGGUCUGCACUCAAGUUACCUCCCCUGUGGUAAAGGAGGUAGGAGAUGGCAAAACAGAGUGCCGAGAGUCACAGGGCCAGUGCAUCAGUUUCCACCUGAGCCAUGACCAGAGCCACCAGAUAAGUGAGUUCUCCUGGAAAGAUGUUACCAAUGCUUUAUCCCUGGCCAACAUGGUCCUGGGGCUCUUCUCCAUCUUCUGCAGCGUCACCAGGAAACCCCUCUGUGCCUCCUGGAUGCUUCUGAUCAGCUUCCUAUUAGACAUGGCCAUCGGGGCGAUGACUAGACACCUCCACACCUGCUCCAAGUUGGGAGCCGAGCUGAAUGACUUUGCCGUCUUCACCACCUUUGGCCUGGCCUCAGCCCUGCUCCUAGGCGUGGAUGGGCCUCUCAAUGGGUUCCUGGCCAUCAUCUAUGUUUUAGCUGCAACUUUCCGCCUGUGUUUUUAUUCAACUGGAGUUCCUCUCACAUACAAGGGCCUACCCUGCCCCUAUGCUUCCUGUGUUCUGGCCUCCACCUCCCUUCUGACCAAAGGCAACACGUUCAUUCUCUGCUGCAUGGCCUCACUCAUGAUUCUGUUUAUGAUGGACCAGAGCUACUACCCCCAUGACAAAAUCCUGGAGUCUGAGAACUGGAAAAAGAUGGUCUACCUGGGAGGUGUCAUCAUGCUGUUUGUCUCCCCUUUUUCUCUAACUGCUUUUUACUGCCUGAUAUGGUCGCUGUCCUACAUCUUCUUCCCAGAUGCUCUGUGGGGCAGGGUAGCCUGUAUUAAACCACAGAACUGAGGAGACCAGACAGCUCUAUGGACGCUCUCUGGCCUGUGUGGGUUUGCACCAGCAUGUCGGACCAAGAUUUGCCUGAUCUCACUAAAAUGCUCCUCGUACCAUGUUGUUGUAUGCUAGAUGCACAAUGUCUCUGUCCCCUGGGACCACAGCAGUCCACAGUGGGGCUGGCAGCUUUUGCUGCUUUCUUUAUUCAGGGUUCAGACUCCCUGG